CGGCGCAACCCGGCCGGCGGUUCCCACAACCCUGGCGCCCGACGUGCGCGGAGUCGCUUCUCGGAGCUCUUUUCCUCCUACUGAUCUCUCAUCCUCCCGGGCCGGGCCGCCCCCGCGCGGCCCUUUUGGCUCCUGGCACGGCCCCGCGCUCGGCUAGCGCCCUGGCGCGCGCCACUCAGUCGUCCCCGGACGGGCGCGGACCGGCUCGGCCCGGGCGCCGGCGGCUGGGGAGGGGGCGCUGGCCCCGGGGUCGCGCAUGCGCCGCCACCGAUCUGGGGCUUUCAGUGGAGGGCGAGUGCUGGCUCCGAGGGGAGGCAACACCUUUGGGGGCCAACGGGCCGCGCGCUGAGGCGGCCGUGGGAACGACUCAUCCCUUUUCCAGCCCUGGGGCGGGGCUGGGGUCGGGGUCGGGGCUGGUGGGGGCCCCGCCCCCGUCUCCUGGCCUGCCCCCUUCAUGGGCUGCUAUGAUGGCGGCCCUGGACCCGAGCAUGGACCUCUCGGGCGCUUCCUCCUCCCUGCCUUCCUCCCCAUCCUCCUCUUCGUCGCCGAACGAGGUGAUGGCGCUGAAGGAUGUGCGGGAGGUGAAGGAGGAGAACACCCUGAAUGAGAAGCUUUUCUUGCUGGCGUGCGACAAGGGUGACUAUUAUAUGGUUAAAAAGAUUUUGGAGGAAAACAGUUCAGGUGACUUGAACAUAAAUUGCGUAGAUGUGCUUGGGAGAAAUGCUGUUACCAUAACUAUUGAAAACGAAAACUUGGAUAUACUGCAGCUUCUUUUGGACUACGGUUGUCAGAAACUAAUGGAGCGAAUUCAGAAUCCUGAGUAUUCAACAACUAUGGAUGUUGCACCUGUCAUUUUAGCUGCUCAUCGUAACAACUAUGAAAUACUUACAAUGCUGUUAAAACAGGAUGUAUCUCUACCCAAGCCUCAUGCAGUUGGCUGUGAAUGCACACUGUGUUCUGCAAAAAACAAAAAGGACAGUCUCCGACAUUCCAGGUUUCGUCUUGAUAUCUAUCGCUGUUUGGCCAGUCCAGCUCUAAUAAUGUUAACAGAAGAGGAUCCAAUUCUGAGAGCAUUUGAACUUAGUGCUGAUUUGAAAGAACUAAGUCUUGUGGAGGUGGAAUUCAGGAAUGAUUAUGAGGAACUAGCACGGCAAUGUAAAAUGUUUGCUAAAGAUUUACUUGCACAAGCCCGAAAUUCACGUGAAUUGGAAGUUAUACUAAACCAUACAUCUAGAGAAGAACCUCUUGACAAACGGGGAUUACUAGAAGAAAGAAUGAAUUUAAGUCGUCUAAAACUUGCUAUCAAAUAUAACCAAAAAGAGUUUGUGUCCCAGUCUAACUGCCAGCAGUUUCUGAAUACUGUUUGGUUUGGACAGAUGUCAGGUUACCGACGUAAGCCCACCUGUAAGAAGAUAAUGACUGUUUUGACAGUUGGCAUCUUUUGGCCAGUCUUGUCACUUUGUUAUUUGAUAGCUCCCAAAUCUCAGUUUGGCAGAAUCAUUCACACUCCUUUUAUGAAAUUUAUUAUUCAUGGAGCAUCAUAUUUCACGUUCCUGCUAUUGCUAAACCUAUACUCUCUUGUCUACAAUGAGGAUAAGAAAAACACAAUGGGGCCAGCUCUUGAAAGAAUAGACUAUCUCCUUAUACUAUGGAUUAUUGGAAUGAUUUGGUCAGACAUUAAAAGACUCUGGUAUGAAGGGUUGGAAGACUUUUUAGAAGAAUCUCGUAAUCAACUAAGUUUUGUCAUGAAUUCACUUUAUUUGGCAACCUUUGCCCUCAAAGUGGUCGCCCACAACAAGUUUCAUGAUUUUGCUGAUCGGAAGGACUGGGAUGCAUUCCAUCCUACACUGGUCGCAGAAGGGCUUUUUGCAUUUGCAAAUGUUCUGAGUUAUCUUCGUCUCUUUUUUAUGUAUACAACAAGCUCUAUCUUGGGCCCCUUACAGAUUUCAAUGGGACAGAUGUUACAAGACUUUGGAAAAUUUCUUGGGAUGUUCCUUCUUGUUUUAUUUUCUUUCACAAUUGGACUGACACAACUGUAUGAUAAAGGCUAUGCUCCAAAGGAACAGAAGGAUUGUGUCGGCAUCUUCUGUGAGCAGCAAAGCAAUGAUACCUUCCAUUCGUUCAUCGGCACUUGCUUUGCUUUGUUCUGGUAUAUUUUUUCCUUAGCACAUGUGGCAAUCUUUGUCACAAGAUUUAGUUAUGGAGAAGAAUUGCAGUCCUUUGUUGGAGCCGUUAUUGUUGGAACAUACAAUGUCGUGGUUGUGAUUGUGCUUACCAAGCUGCUGGUGGCAAUGCUACAUAAAAGCUUCCAGUUGAUAGCAAAUCAUGAAGACAAAGAGUGGAAGUUUGCUCGAGCAAAGUUGUGGCUCAGCUACUUUGAUGAUAAAUGUACAUUACCCCCACCUUUCAACAUCAUUCCUUCACCAAAGACCAUUUGCUAUAUAAUUAGUAGCAUCAGUAAAUGGAUUUGCUCUCACACAUCAAAAGGCAAGGUUAAACGGCAAAACAGUUUAAAGGAAUGGAGAAAUUUGAAACAGAAAAGAGAUGAAAACUACCAAAAAGUGAUGUGUUGCCUAGUACAUCGUUACUUGACGUCCAUGAGACAGAAGAUGCAAAGUACAGAUCAGGCAACUGUGGAAAAUCUAAAUGAACUGCGCCAAGAUCUGUCAAAAUUCCGAAAUGAAAUAAGGGAUUUACUUGGCUUUCGGACUUCUAAGUAUGCUAUGUUUUAUCCAAGAAAUUAACCAUUUUCUAAGUCAUGUAGAGAAUAAUUUUCAAUAAUAAAUCAGAAAGACUGCAUUUGCAUUACUUGCAAUUAAAUCAAUAAGAUACUAUAUUGAAAUAAAGAAUUACAUCAAAGCCAUUCUUUAAAAUAUUUAUAGCAUAAAUAUAUGUUGUGUAAAAUAUGUAUAUAGAAUUAGUUUUUUAAAACCCUCUUAGUGGAUUUUUGCAGAAGCUAACAGAUUAAAUAGAUUUUGUUUGCAUGCUUGGUGUUCUAAUUUGGACAGUGCUUUAAAUUUUUUCUUCUUUUUAUGGUCAAGAAGGGCAGUUAUAAUUGUACAAUAAGGUUUUGUAGAAUGAAGAAUAGCAAAUGUGGGCUGAUCUGCGUCCAUAGAAUAUACUUGAAAUACAGAAGUCAUGGUUUUUUAAAUCUGUUUUAGGACUUCACAUAUAGUCAGUACUUACUGUUUAGGAGUCUUUUUCUUUAAAAUAAGUCUAUUUUUUCUUUUGUUAUAAUCUUAAGUAACAAAGAAAAGAACUUAAUGAAUAUUUGAAUCUAAUAAUGAAUAUAAAUUUUAAUUCACUAUAAAUUU